UCUGUACGUGAAUUGAUAAGGACAUCAAGAACACUGAUUAGCGAUGCCUUAGAAAUCGUUGAACUUUCGCAAACAUACUGUACAUAAACAAAUCUUUCUCAUACAUGUUACACUCGGUACUUCUUUGAUAAUAUUUGCAGGAAACUAAGAAACCGUUUCAUGAUGUCUGGGUCACAUGGAAGAAAUAAGCCGCAAAAGAGGAAAAAGGAUGAAUUCGAUAAUGAUUACAGAGAAGACUGGCAGAGGAACCAUAGACAUUCUCCAGAUGAAAGACAGCGUAUUUCACAUUCUGAAAAAUGUUUCACCGUGCAUCCCCGGAAUAAGUACAAUACAUCUGCUCCAGCUUUCAGAAAACCAAUGUUUGUUGGAGAUUUCUGCUUGGAUGAAAAUCGAAUGUUUUGCCAUGAUAAAAGAAACCUUCACUAUAUCAAUAUUAAUUGGCAAGAGUCUAAGAAGGUUGAUUUCGACCUUAAUAUUGCAAUGGAUAAAAUGAUCAAAAAGAACUUUCAAGAAACGCGAAAAGAAAAACUUGACCGUCUUCUGCAAUGGAUUCUUUGUGAUAAAUUCAAAUUCCACACAAGAGAUUCAGAAGGCAAACCCUUACAAUGUUUGUCCACAGAUUUUGUCUGUUUCCGAGGUCUACUAACAGAGUUACUAUGCACACCAUAUGAGAGCAGAGAGGGAUGGAUCAUUUGUGCAACCAAGUACCGUGGGACAAUAUAUCUCUGUGCUUAUGAGACACCAGAAAAACUUGAACAGCGUGAAAACGAGACAGAGGUACAGAAAAAGAUGUGUUCAUGGGGCUACAAAUUUGAACAUUUCAUGACAGAGGGUACCAAUGUAAAUGAAGGAAUAAAUGAAAAUGAGGAGUACUGCUGUGUUGUGCGCUCUCGUUUGGAGAACCAUUCCUUGGUGUAUGGAGCUGAAGUGGAUGGUGCUGAUCCAGAAAAGUAUAAAAACCCACACUCAGACCUAAGUGCUUUUGUGGAACUCAAGACAAGUAAAGAGUUAAACACUGACAGAGAUUUAAGAUCACUCUACAGAUUCAAACUAAUGAAAUGGUGGAGUCAGUCAUACCUAGUAGGAAUUCCACGAGUUGUAGCAGGCUUCAGAGACAUGGACGGGCAUGUACACACUUUGAAGACUUACCAUGUUAAUGAAAUGCCCCAUAUGGCUCAGGAUCACUGGCAAGACAAUAUAAUGCUGAACUUCCUAAAUCAGUUCUUGAGCUUUGUCAAAAAGAAUGUUCAAAAAGAUGACCCAAGGACUGUCUACAAGUUUGAAAGACAGAAGCAAGGAGGCGACAUCUACUGUACUUACCUCGGCCAAGACCCUGCUUGGACAUUUCUACCAAAGUGGUACUAUGAAAAAAUAUUCCAGCCAGAGGAUAAUUCAGAAUAGUUUUUUUUAGAUUAGGGAGACUUUGUAUAGUACAAUGUUUAAUAGGUAAUAUGUUUGAAAUAUAUUUUAUACUAUUGUGGUCUGGUUUGUAUUUCUGAUACUACAUAUAAUACAGUUUACAUGAUGGUUCAAGAAGCUCUGGGUAUAUGUAGACUUAUCUUGAGGAUUUUGCAAGGUAUUCUAGGUUAUUUCUCAUCUCAAGAAUUAUGUGCAUAUUUGUGUAAUUGAUUUUAUUGUACUAUUUAUGGAUAUUUAUAUGUUUAUAGUUAAGUUUAAAAACAAGAAUUUUUUUUUCAAGUUAUCUUUGUUAACUGAAAAAAUACAGAAAUGUUUAA